UCGUUGUGCUGUAAAGUUAGGUAGGCCAGAUUGAAGUUAUAGAAUGCAUCUUAGCACACAGUGUGUGCUUUUGUAUUCAAUGUGCCUGAAGAUUUUGUAUGUGUCUGGAUUUUUAUAUUUCUUUAAAAAUAAAGCAGCAGAAUUUAUGGAAUCAUUUGCUGCUUACCGAGAAACUCCAUUCUACAAGUGUCAGUAAUUCGUCUAAGACUUGGCAAGUUAUAUGCCCAUCUCCAGUAACAUUUGGACAAUGUGGGCCAUCAAGAUAAGUGACCAGGCGGUUUCAUUAAGAUGGUUGAUCAACAGGAUAACAGCUCGCGCCAUGACAUCAUCAACCACAAUGUCCAGUAAUCAGAGUGAGGUCAAGCCUUUCGAAUCCAUCCCUGGACCUAGAGGCAUGUACCAGUGGCCCAUCAUAGGAACAUUGUUACAUUAUAAACCCUUCACCAGACAUACCCCGGAAACUCUACACGAGUUCUUGAAUGAACAGUUUGACAAGUAUGGACCAGUGGUCAAACUUCGCUUGGGCCCUACAGUUGUAGCGCUGAGUGACCCCAAAGACUUUGAAACUGUAAUCAGACACGAAGGGAAAUACCCGAGAAGACCCUCAAUAGAAAUUUCGACUGUCUUCUACAAAAGGACAGGAAUGCGUGAAGAUUUAGGGCAUCUACAAGGUCCAGCCUGGCACGCGCUGAGAGCUCCCCUGAACAGAAGACUUUUGAAAGCAGACUCGGCCACUCUCUACCUUGACCAACAGAAUGAAGUCGCUGACGACUUCGUUAAGAUACUAGCAUCCAAAAAUCUAUCACCAGAAGAACUGGAAGACAUGUUCUAUCGCUACGCCGCUGAGAGCAUUGCAGUUGUUACGUUCAACACGAGACUUAGGCUCUUUGACCAAAACCCUAAUGAGAAAUCUGUACAGAUCGUGGAAGCCUCCAAAGCAGCCUUGCAGGCAACUCAGGAUUCGGUCUUCGGGAAAUCCUUCGCACACAAGUGGUAUAAAAACUCCACAUACAAGAUGUUUGAGGAAGCUAUUGGCAUUAUACGAAGCGUUUCGGCUGCACACGUUUCCCAGGCUCAAACUGCCCUUGAAAACAAGGUCAAGUCUGGUCAGUUGAAAGAGGAUGAGCCCAAUCUUCUGCUCUCUCUGUUGUCUGAGAAAGACUUGACUCAGGAAGACAUCGUCGUUAUUAUGGCCACUUUGUACUCUGCAGGCACUGACUCUACUGCCAAAAACAUUCAAGUUUUCUUGUACAACUUGGCCAAAAACCCAGAAAAACAAGAACUACUUCGUCGUGAAAUAUUUGAGAACGUAGGGAAGAACGGACCGCUUUCAGCAAAGGCGUUGUCAAAUAUGGUCUACUUGAAGGCUGCACUUAAAGAAUCUUUUCGGCUUAACUUCCCCACUUCUGUUGGCAUGAUGAGAGAACUGACUGAAGACUUGGUUGUUAGGAACUACAGAGUUCCUGCUGGGGUAAGACUUUUGCUAUUCAACCCUAGAGCUGCUAGGACAGAGUUUGACAGCCCAGAAAAGUAUCUGCCAGAAAGAUGGUUGAGGUCAGAUGAUGGCGCCAAGAAAGACACUGCCCACAACAUGAUCGUCUUACCGUUUGGUCAUGGAGCUAGAAGCUGUAUUGGUCGGAGAUUUGCUCUUCAAGAAGUGUACUUGCUGGCGACUAAAAUUCUACAAAGUUUUUACGUAGACGUCGAACCCGAGUCUUACCAGACAAAGUUCAUUUACAAAAUUUUUAUUGAUGCGGAAAAAACGAUUAAGUUUAAAUUUACCAAAAUCUGAUGGCACCAUUCGACCAACUGAUUUUGUAAAAAUGUAAACACAAUAAUUUGUGUGACACGGAACACCACAGAUCUGAACUACACUGUGGAUUGCUAAAAUACUGACUGUGUAAACAUGAGUUGCAAUGUUUAUAAUCUAUACAAUAAAAGAAACAAAAAAAAAACACUAAAGGAAUCUGAAAUAUGUUAUUAUUCUGUUAAGGGACCAAAAUCUGAAAUAUUCUGUUCAUUUUCUUGCAUACAAUAUUUUGUAACUGUGACUAUACACCCAUAUAAUUUUUUUGAAAUUCCUGCUAUUGUAAUUUUUACAUUUUUUUUAAACUAUUCAUUUUGUAAGUUUUUAAAUUUUUUUUUUUUUAUUAACAUUAUAUAGUAUCAAAAACAUGUCAAUAACGGAUUAUUACAAUCUACUAAGUUCUGUAUGUUUCAAGUUUUAUACUUUAAUAUAGAUGUACAAAUAUCUUACAGUACAUAAUGUCAGAGUAGAUUAAUUACAUUUUAUUGUAUCCUGAUAUUGUGUAAUUGUAGCAAUUAGUUUGGAUCAGCCAUGUAAUUAAAUCUGUAAUAGAUUUUGACUAACAAAAAUAAAUUUAUUUUUAGGAAUAGUUUUUUGUUUAGCUCAAUUUCUUGCUUUGAGCUCUAUCUCAAAGCGUUAUGAUCAUCUCAAGCCUGCACUAGUCAGGAAGGAGGGAGGGAGGGGGGGUAGAAAGAAGAGGGUAUGUAUCUGGAUGAAGGUUACCAUGAUAGCCUUUCAAUUAUUUAAUAAAAAAUCGAACUCGAAAGGCUGAGGCCAUUACACUAGCCACAGUGAAAAUAUAUUUCAUAGCCAUCAAUUGUAAGUUUCAAACUUCUACGCGACGACCUAAUUUUCUUUUUUUUUUUCUUCUAAUUUUUCUAAGUAUAAAGGGACUAUUUCAAAUUAUACUGCCACAUCUGUCAAUUACUAUUUCUUUCCUUUGUUCAAUACCAAACCAAAUAAAUAAUUAUCAAUAAUUAA